AUGGGCGAAAUCCUUCGUGGUCGACCCCGUCCCGUCAAUCUCCUCGUGUGGCUCAAUAAAUUGGACGACGUCCUCGACCAGGGCCUCACGUCACGGACCCCGGCCGAGACCCGUUCCGACGUUGCCCCUCCAAACCCGUCGACCACUCGUGGUUUGGACGACAAUGACGAAGAAGAACUCUUUCUCGAAGACGCCGUGACGUUCGUGUCGGUACCCGUGACGAUUCCUCGCUUUGUCCCCGGUUCGAGUAGCACCAGUGUCGGGGAGGACCAUUCGAGUCUCGACAGCAGUCACACGCAACCACCACCAUCCUCCACACACACCACGUACUACACACCGGUACGGGUGCCCGGACGACUCCAACGCACUCCUCGUGCAACGAAAAUGACAACGACGUCCACACCCGUCCGGUCUCGUCCGUACAGUGUCCGACGUCGGCGGCCCGCCGAUUCGUCAACGAUUGACGGUAGUGCUGCUUCGGAACCCACGGACCCAUUGAGUCUUGAUCCGUGUACCGCCGUUGGGAGGUUCCGGGAUGAUGGGGCGGAACAGCACCCCGCGGUCUCGACUGAUGAACACCACGACGACGACGAGACAGCCACCGUGUCGAGAAACAACCAACCAACAGUCCGCCGUACCCAUCGCCUUGUUUCCCGACGAACGGACCACGUCGACGACAACAAACUCGUCAAACACAAGACUCGCACCUGUUGGCCCAGGUUAGUAUUACACGACAGUGUGGAGGGAAUUGGGUCGGCACCGGCCCUUUCGAACGGCAUUCACCACGACGGCGAACGGUUCGUAACGUCCACCAAAUUUGCUCCCGAAUCAGUGUGCCUGGCAACGGACGAACCAGAAAUGGAACAAGGAGGUGCCGUGUCUACCUCUUCCGAAAGGAGUGCCUCGUUUCGGGAAGAUACGGAACACACAAACCGUGUGGCAUCCACACACUCCUCGUCUACCGUACACGUUCCGAGCACGACCGAUUCCACGUCGGAAAUCGCUCCUUCAUCCCAGCAAGGAUCAACUUUCCCACCGGCAGAAUACGACAAUGAUGAACAAUCCGACACUUUUGAUUCCGAACACUGUUCCUUGGAGACUGUGCCAGAGUCUCGCGACGGGGCCUUGGCGGACGACAGUAUUCGCAAAGACGAUGAUUCGGGGCCACCGACUUUUCCUCACCGGAACGGCGUCCCACGUCAGGUCGAGUUACGUUCCGAAUUUGAAGUCGGUCGUCAUCUCGUGUCGUGGGUUGACGAGGACGACUUUGGGCCGUGGGACUUUCGUAUGAAUCGCAAGGGUGUCGUACACGUCCGCCUCCUACGAGCACAACGGCUACCGUGCUCGGUCGGCUCGAGCGUCCAAGCAGUCCUCUCGUUGACUCCGUGGAAAGGAAAAGUAAGGACGGAUUCGACUCGCGCUUUCUCUGGUCCCUCGGAUCACCAUGGCGUUUGCGCACAGUGGGACGAAGACGAGACCAAGCCGACGUCCAUGGUGCAUGCGUAUUCGAGUGCCGACAGCCCGAUUCCGUUCGUACACAUCGAUCUCGUUUUCAGCACGCUCGGCAUGUUCGACUUUACCAUGUGCUCUUUGGAGCUAUCGUGUGAGUCGCUCUUGCGCUCGCCGCGUUUGGCGAAACGACAAUGGUUCUUGACUACUACCGGUGACCACGAAGACCAUGCCCCACUGAUGCAAAUGGAAGCCAUGUUUGAACCGGCCGAGCCACUUCUACUUUCGUCACCUUUGGACACCAUUGAGAAUGUAGCGAACACCCGUGGGAGUGUCGACGUGUCGAUGACAAUUGGAGACACGAGAGAAGGGAACGCUGCUCUACCGUCCGCCGAGCCGUCCGCGCCACACCCACAGGAUGAUCGAUCGCAGGCUGGAUUUUCUGUCUCCCACAAUUCACUACAACGGAGGGAGGUCCACUCCCUGCCACAUCGUUCACAUUUAUUGAGCUUGAAAACGUUCUAUACACCGGCCCAGUGCUGUGUUUGUCACCGUAGUAUCAUGUCAGGAUUGACCAAACACUCGGCAUUCCAUUGCGAAGCUUGCAACUUGGACUGCUGUCGUGAUUGCCAACUCCAGGUGGACGUGGAGUGCCCCUGUGGUUCAGCUAUCGCCCGGAAAGCUGUGGAAAAGUCCAUACAGAACAAGUUGACCACAGAGAAUCUCCUUAACAUUCUUGCUCCCAAGGAGGACACCUUGAUAAAAGAGGGCCACAGGAAGAAUAAUCAGUCAUUCGUGGCAGUCGAGGACUCUGACCGGGGAGGAUCCCUCGCUUUGGACGCGGAGGAAUCACAUGGUAUUGGUCGUGUUCGACUGCAUUUUUUGCAGGCUACGGUAUUGAGAGAGCCUCUGCCACCAACAGCAGAUGUGGAAGAUGUCACAGCUGAAGAAAUGACUUGGAAAACAGGAGACUAUUAUAUACGAGUCGCUACCACAGAAAGCGAUCUUACAAAAAGGACCGCUACCGUGCAAAAUUCAGGAAAGCCUAGGUUUGAUAAAGCCGAAAUGCAAUUUAACAUAAUAGAAAUAGUCAAUGCGGAGACGGAUCGCGCGGUGGGGUCGGCCCUGGUUUCUACGCAGAUUCUUCUACAAAAGCAACGAGACCACAACGUAGAACAUCAUGGAUUGGGUUUGAUGUCUAUACACAAGGGUCCGCCUUCUUUCAAAGGCAUGCUGCGAUGGAAAAUUGAGAUACGGACUGGACGUGCAAAGUUUGCUAUGCCAGUCACGUGGGCGGAUGCAAAGCAGGGUGUCCGUGCAACAACAUCAUCGAAAGCUUUUGGGUACGAUCACUUCCCACUUGCGCCAGAGCAAGAUCAUGAUGGGUCAAUCGUUGGUUGGGUCGAUCUCCAAUCUGUAGUAGAGGAAAAUUUCCAAAGCCUUUAUGGCAGCAAUCCACAAGCGUGUCCUUCACGACCGCAAGGGGACCUGAAUAUGAAUGUUUUACAGCUUCAUUUUUCUCGUAUUUCAUUUUUGUUGGAUGACAUUAAGGGGGUAUUUGACACAUGUCAAUACAUCACGAGCUGGGAGAGUCCGUUGUUGACGCUACUAUCUUUAGUCUUUGUUAUAGUCUACUGCGUCCGUUUCAACCCUGCAUAUUUCGGGUGCACUCCAAUAUCUUUCCUUAUUAUUAUUCUUGUGUACCUUGCGAUGAUGCGAAAAAGAAAGGAGAGCCUCAAGUCUAGCUUCAUCAAGCGUCAGCAAAGCGCUCGACGGAAAGCAGAAAAGGUCGUGGUCAACUAUAAGAUCCACCGUCCGUUUGGAAUGCUCCAAAUCAAGGUCGACAAAGGAAAAAACUUACUCUCACCGGAACUUGGAUUUUCCGGGAACGUUGGAUGCCGGGUGUACUGGGAUUUGGCAAGAUACGCGUCUCCGAAAAAGGCAACGCAGCUGAUGAAAGUCGACAAAUCGGCCGCAGUUACCCUUGAUAUAUGUACCACUGACUUUGUUUAUAUGUCAAAUCCAAUAUGGGAAAGAGUGGUUCCGGGCGAUAUCUGUAAACGACUCAAACUUGCUUUACCCACUUACGGAGAUGCAUUCGAUAUCAGAAAUAACGGCGAAUCGGCUACAGUCGCAAUUCCAAUACUUCAGCCUUUCACAGAAAUUCGCAAAGAUUUGCAUAGGCUCGAUUCGUGGAAGUCAUCUUGUGCUGGAGUAGUGUUUGAGGUGAAGUUCACUGGCCCACUACCUGGUUCUGAAUUUGUGCUUGGCGAAGUUUGCAUACCCUUUGCUCGCUUGAUCGACUCUGGAGAAGUUGUCGGUUGGUUCCAAGUAGGAGAUGUGGGUACUCAGGGUCUACCACCAGAGGAUUUCCCAGAACCCACCGGGAAGCCAAACGAUCACUCCCCCAUGAUACAUAUCCGGAUUCUUUGGAGCCCUCCAAAAACCGAAUUUGCAGGCGCGAGUGAAACCGAGCGGGAAGCUUCGCUGGUCAUUCAAGAAGAAUUGAUGAGAUCCGCUGUAUUGGUUACAGAGCAAAGGAAAACCAUUGUCAGUAGCUCUGUUGGUGCCUUCAAUUCCGUAAGAUCAAUAAGUGGAAGUUUGUUGGCAGUCCAGACAGCACUAGGAAAUAUCUUGGAUACUGUUGAAGCGCUUAAAAAUCUGUUAACUUUCUCGGACCCAUUUAAGUCCUCGGUCCUUUUGCUGCUUCUUGUUUUGAUGUGGAUGUUGAUGGCUAUUGUGCCAACAAAAUUCAUUCUUCUGGCUGCGGCAAUAACCCCUUACGUCACAUCUUUCCAUGCGCGCUUCGUUGACGGCGCGCAGAAGAUUGAAACUUUCCUCUCGAGUAGUAGAACUGAUAACAAACACGAAAUGGAGGCGAAGCCACAUUCAGUACUAUCGUGGGUUGUGAAUGCCAUUCGAGGUCUACCCACGGAGGAAGACCUUCGGAUGACGUACUACUGGGAAGCCCGCCGUGUUUGCUUCCGUGAGUUUGAAAUGUCUGCGCAAACCAGACGUAAUUUGAGAUUGCAACGGUUGUGGCGAGCGCAGUGGUAUUCAAUGCUAGAAAUAAUGACGACGACUGUUGAGAGCGGCGCCAGCGAAAUCGUAUGGAGAACCGCAUUUGCCGUUAUUCAUGGACACAGACUCCUUUGGUGGAAGUCAGCGAUGGCGUUUGAUAACGGCGACGCAGCUGAAGGGCAAUUGUUUCUUCAAGGGCACGCCGGCUUAGCGACGCCAACGCCUUUGGAAAUGAAAGCCAUUAAGCCCGAAGAUUCGCGUAGAGUCAUUAGUGUAUUUGGAAAAGGUGCCGGAAAACAAGAACGAAUCACCGUUUUGGCUCCAACCCACAAAGAGAAAGUGAAACUGGAGGAAGUGAUUGGUUUUGCGGUUGCAGGCAAAAAUGAUUGACCCGCGAACAUUCAAAAAGGAAGGUUUCUUAAAGUUUAGGUAUUAUCAGCAGAAGCUCUUACUAAAUCACGAAACAAUCCUCC